CUUCCUCCAUCUCUACCACUUUGAUCCGUCUGAAAUUAGUAUCUCAAGAAACGCUACCCACGACAAAAUCUCUCUCUCUCUCUCCAUCGCCGCGGUGUGGUUGCUUCUUCUCAAACCGGGCGAUCUGCGACCACCUCAACCUUGCCCACACCAGUGAACACUUUGCGGUUUCUUGCACCGGCCCGGUACUGCCCAGGGCGGAGCUGUACCAAGUCGACGCUUGAGAAGGUGGAGAUCUGAAGAAUGAGCCUAGGGGAAGGGCUCUGAAGGCUAAGAUCCGAACUUCGGCAGCAUAAAGAUCCGAUCUUGCUCCAUUUCAAUUAUUUUUUUUUUUGUCCCGAGUGUUCGGAGGUUGGAAGUGGCAGAGAUGGGGGCCGGCCGGCCACUAGGGUUGCUUGUGGCGCUACUGUUGGCACCAGUGGUGGUGUUCGUGGCGGCCCAGGAGGUUGCUACGACUUCGCCGAGGCGGAAGCAUGCGUACGCUGCGAUGAUGUACAUGGGGACGCCGAGGGAUUACGAGUUUUAUGUGGCGACGAGGGUGAUGAUGAGGUCUCUGGCGCGGCUUGGCGUCGACGCCGAUCUGGUCGUCAUCGCCUCCGUCGAUGUGCCCGUACGAUGGGUCCAAACAUUGCAAGAAGAAGAUGGCGUGAAGGUGGUUUCUGUUGAAAAUUUGAAGAAUCCAUAUGAAAACCAAGGCAAUUUCAACUCCAGAUUCAAGCUGACCUUGAACAAGCUUUAUGCAUGGAGCUUAGUUUCAUAUGAUCGAGUUGUUAUGCUUGAUUCUGAUAACAUUUUCCUCCAGCGUACUGAUGAGCUUUUCAUGUGUGGCCAGUUCUGUGCUGUAUUUAUCAAUCCCUGCAUCUUUCAUACUGGACUUUUUGUUCUUCAGCCCUCAAUGAAGGUUUUCAACAACAUGCUUCAUGAGUUAGAAAUUGGACGUGAUAACCCAGAUGGUGCAGACCAAGGUUUUCUUGCAAGCUAUUUUUCUGAUUUGCUUGAUCAGCCAAUGUUUCACCCACCUUCCAGUGGUGCCAAACUUAACGGUUCCUACCGCCUUCCUUUGGGAUACCAGAUGGAUGCUUCGUAUUACUAUCUGAAGCUUAGGUGGAGCAUACCAUGUGGGCCUAAUAGUGUCAUAACAUUUCCUAGUGCCCCAUGGCUAAAACCUUGGUACUGGUGGUCUUGGCCCGUCUUACCAUUGGGUCUUUCUUGGCAUGAGCUGCGUCGAGAAAAUCUUGGGUAUGGUUCAGAUUUACCUAUCUUGUUGAUUCAGGCAGUAAUGUAUGUCGGAAUCAUAGCAAUCACUCGGUUGGCACGACCAAGUCUAUCCAAGCUGUGUUAUAACCGCCGUCAGGAGAAAAGCAUUGCGAUACUACAUACAACACUAAAGAUAGCAGCAUUUUGGUCCAUGAUCGCUGCCUACUCAGUGCCCUUUUUCCUCAUUCCACGAACAGUGCACCCAAUUUUUGGUUGGUCGCUUUAUAUGCUUGGAGUUGCUUCGCUCUCAUCAAUCGUAAUCAAUGUCUUCCUUCUGCCGCCCCUGCCAGUCCUCACAGUACUAUUGGGAAUGUUGGGUUCACUGUUUGUGAUGGCAUUUCCUUGGUAUCCUGAUGGUGUCAUCAGGGCUUUGACAGUAUUUGCUUACGCAUUCUGUUAUUCGCCUAUUGCAUGGGCAUCCUUGUUGAAAGUUACAGGCUCCUUGCAGAACUUAGUUGAAAGGGAGGUCUUCUUUCCCAGAUUGGGAGAGUCCACAGAGAUGUCUGAGUUCAACAAACUGUAUUGAUCUGCACAGAGAUGAACAGAAUUGGCUAAUCCUAUUAAUUUUGAGUUUUUUUCCCCCAUUCACAUGCAUCGACAUCUAUCACUUUGAAAUGGUUUGAUCUGGAUAAAAUGUAGAAGAAUCAAAGGAAUGAAUGGUUGGUGAAAAUGGGGAAUGCGGGUUUGUAAGCAGCAAGUUUUAUUCAGAUUAUCCCAUGUCUGAGAUGACAAUCCAUGUACCAAUUCUUACCCGGAUUGAAUGUGAAUCCCUUUAAUUUACAAAAUGUUUUUUUUUUCUUCUUCUUAAGAUUGAAGAGUUUGGCUUCAAACUUGAUGAAUGUGUUGUUACUGCUUGUCGAAUACAUUUUUGUCUAUUUUCCUUUU